AUGGAGGAAGCAUCGUCGAAUUACUCGGUCGGAUUUUCCGAAGAGGACGAGUUUCUCAUGCCGUCAAUGAUCGAUAUGUCCAAAUACACGUCCGUGCAAGACGUCCUACCACCGCCAAACAAUGAAGAUCUUCAUGUCGUCGUCAUGGCCAUUUCUUACCUACUCCUCUUCCUACUGGGCACGUGCGGUAACGUAGCCGUGCUCACCACAAUCUACCAUGUAGUCCGAUCAAGUCGAGCCUCUCUCGACAACACGCUCAUCUACGUAAUCGUCCUGUCCUGCGUGGAUUUUGGCGUCUGCCUGAGUCUUCCAUUUACCGUAAUCGACCAAAUUCUUGGCUUCUGGAUGUUUGGCACAGUGCCGUGUAAACUGCACGCAGUGUUUGAGAAUUUCGGGAAAAUUCUCUCGGCGCUUAUCCUCACGGCUAUGUCAUUCGAUCGAUAUGCCGGUGUAUGCCAUCCACAGAAGAAAUUUCUCCGCUCGAGAAAUUUUGCUAUCACUAUUCUUAUAGGAUUGGCUGCGUAUGCCCUCAUUACCCUUUGCCCUUUGUUAUGGUCGUUCACAUCAAGGGAAAUCAUCAUGUUUGCCCGAGAAACCGGCUACCGUAAGAUCACACGUAUGAAGAUCGAGAAAUGUACGGUGGAUAUCGAUUCAAAAAUGUUCACAGCUUUCACAAUCUAUCAAUUCGUUCUCUGCUACUGCACUCCACUAAUUCUUAUUGCCUAUUUCUAUUCGAAACUUCUCAAGAAACUUCGAGAACAUGCUCGAACGUUUAAGUCAUCACAUAUCCCUUUAAUGCGUAUCUCGUUGUAUACAUUAGCCGUGGCAUGUUUCUACUUUUUAUGCUGGACUCCAUUUUGGAUGGCCACAGUCUUUGCCGUUUAUUUGGAAAAUACAGGUGAUUCUGAGGGUACUGUUCCUCCACUGUUCGUGUAUAUUAUGUACUUUAUCCAUGCUUUGCCCUUUACAAAUUCAGCUAUCAACUGGAUUCUCUAUGGUGCUUUGAAUGGCCAACUACAGCAAAGAUAUCGGGGUGCACGCAUGAGUACUAACACUGUAACAACAAGGACACCAGCCCCUUGUAAACAAUAUGAAAAACCUAAGAUGAAUGGAUCCGCAACGUAUCUAAGCCCUCCCACGGAUGGAAUGGGUAGUUCUGGAGAACAUGACGCUGAUGCUUCAGAGAUGGUUGACGUGCGAUUGCUUACUGCUCAUGAACCCACUUAUCUGUAGCCAUCCUGAAUGCAUUUGUUAGCUUAUUUAGGUCAAUUUCAUUGUUGUUUUGAUUACGAGUACGGGUACAUAAAGAUCUAUGAC